CUAAAAAUUUAGAAAUCGAAUAAAAGAGAUUUAUAUUCAAUCUCUUAAGAUUAGGGACCGGACUGGUAAAUUUUGAAAAAUUAUGUGUUCUAAUCGUAAUUAGCUCGUAUAAAAAAAAUUAUGUUGUAGUUAAUUAUUACGUUAAUGAAAUUUAUAAAUUUCAACGUAAAAGAAUGCCUACUAAUUGCAGGUGGUGCGGCUAUUGGGAUAUGCUACGGCCGGGUAGCCGAUAAUCUGCCGCCAUCCUCAAAAGUAAUUGACGUCCUUAAAUCCAACGGCAUCUCAACUACUCGCAUCUUCAACGCUGAUGGACCCACUCUGCAAUCCUUUUCCGGCACCGGAAUCAGUCUGAUGAUCGGCGUCCCUAAUGAAAUCCUCCCUUCUUUAGCCUCCGGCACCGCUCUCUUCUCCCUUCAGUGGCUCGAAACCAACAUCCUCUCUCACCUUCCUUCUUUCCAAGUCCGCUACAUCGCCGUCGGCAACGAGGUUUUCUCCAUAGACCCAUUUUAUUCUCCUUAUGUCGUCCCAGCCAUGAUCAACCUUUACCACGCUCUCCAAGUUCUCAACCUCACAGACUCCAUUAAGUUAUCGUCGCCGCAAGCGGCUUCUGUACUUUCCAUUUCAUACCCACCUUCCGCCGGCACCUUCAAUCCCUAUUUACAGUCCGUUAUGGUCCCUCUCCUGCGGUUUUUAGACAGCACUAAAUCUCCUUUCAUGAUUAAUGUGUACCCCUACAUCAGCUACUUGAACAGUUUUGAGUCUGUAACACUGGAUUACGCGUUGUUCAGGAGCGGUGAUAACGAGAUUCAGGAUGGGGGAUUGACGUACGGGAAUCUUUUCGACGCGAGUGUGGACGCGGUUGUGUAUGCGAUGGAGAGAGAAGGGUUCGCCGGAAUUCCACUGGUAGUGACGGAGACGGGGUGGCCGACGAGCGGGGGACUGGCGGCGAGUAAGGAGAAUGCGUUGGCUUAUAAUGGGAAUGUGGUGAGGAGAGUGCUGAGUGAUGUUGGGACUCCGAAGAUUCCAGGUAGAGGUGUGGAGGUUUACCUGUUUGAUCUGUUUGAUGAGAAUGGGAAAGGUGGGGAAGAAUACGAAAAGCAUUUUGGGAUAUUUGGGCUUGAUGGGAUGAAACUUUAUGAUCUUGCAUUUAAUUAA